GUGUAGGCCAAAGGCGCAAUGGAGAUUCUUUGCGAAAAGUGUCCGAGGUCUGAGUGGCUGGUUUACGGUAAGCUCUGGUUGGUCAAUCGCGGUUCGGGGGGGAGUUUAGAGCAGGUUCAAUCGGAUGGAAACCGUUCUCCUCCGCACACAACUGAUGCUUUGUAGCGAUGCAUUCAAGGGCAUGGUUUUUAUGACGACAUGGUGGGUGUGUUCUUAGCUGACAAUUAGUGUUUGGUUUCACAUUAUAUUCGUUCAGUCAACAUGCGUUCCUCCCACAACAAUAUAUUGAUAUUAUAGUACCAGUGUGCAGCUACAAAAUUGACCGCAUAACAUAUUUGAUUAUUACGCCAAGUGCAUGAACUGGGAUGUCUGCAACGGACUGGUACGCGCACAAAUCCAUCGGAGAAGGUCUGUACUGGAUCCAGGAGAAGUUUUUUGAAUCGUCAAACAGAGCAAAUAUUUGGCUCCUUCGAGGAUCUCACCAAGAUGUAGUGAUAGACACAGGCUUGGGGUUGAGGAGUUUACCAGAUUACAUUAACACCAAAGGUCUGCUUGGAGACGACCCGCAGCGAAAGAACCCCAUUUUGGCGAUCGCCACCCACGCCCACUUCGACCACUCAGGUGGUCUGCAUCAGUUCGAACAGGUGGGAGUCCACAGUGCAGAGGUUGAUGCACUGGCCAACGGAGACAACUUCGAGACCGUUACGUGGCUGUCUGACAGAGAGAUAGUCCAAGCUCCCUGGCCAGGAUGGAGGGCCAGAGGAUACAGAGUCAAGGCUGUACAACCAACACACAUACUACAAGAAGUGCUGCAAUGCAGUUGGAAUAUCUUAUUGCUCAAUGAGUCCAUUUUCCAGGUGCACAUGCCUGGCCACUCCCGGGGCAGCAUCUGCCUGCACGACGGGGACAACAAGAUGCUGUUCAGCGGGGACGUGGUCUAUGACGGAGCCAUGAUCGACUGGCUGCCCACCAGCCGUGUCAGCGACUACGUCAGUAGCUGUGAGCGCCUGGUGGGGCUGGUGGAUAGUGAGCAGGUGGACCAGGUAAUGCCUGGACACUAUCACACUUUUGGUGCGAAACGGCUCCACCACAUCGCCUCGGGGUACAUCGACAGAGCCGGCACCUGCCCGGCACGCUUCUCCACGUUUGCCUGGAGGACCUUGGCCGGAUUGGCGCUACGGGCGGCCAACACACAUGGCAUCUGCUAGCCACAUGGCAUCUGCUAGCCACAUGGCAUCUGCUAGCCACAUGGCAUCUGCUAGCCAUAUCGCAUCUGCUAGCCAC